CGGACUUUCUGCGGACGCUCGCGACGUUGACAGUUACAGUACAGUGCGUUUCGCCGGGAACUCUGUUUGAUAUUGAAAGAUUACAUCGAUUAAAGUUAGAAGAGUCUCGGGAAAAUGAUCGCAUUUCGCAUGGACGCAGCAGCGGCUGUGCGCGAUAUGUGAGGAUUUGGAUAACUUAAAAACAGUUUGAUAGAGUCCAUCCGAUUUCGACAGGAUAGGAGGAGGAGGGUCGAUUAAAUUAGUCAGCUCGUUCAAUAUUUGGUGGGUUAUCGACAUAUGGACGCAGGUAACGUUAGUUGAACAUCAGCGGCGUUUUGGUCGAGUUUUGUGAUGGGUAAAGAUUAUUACAGGGUCCUGGGGAUAGAGAAGGGCGCCACGGACGAGGAGAUCAAGAAAGCCUACAGAAAACAAGCUUUGAGGUUUCAUCCCGACAAAAACAAAUCAGCCGGAGCAGAAGACAAAUUCAAAGAGAUCGCCGAAGCCUACGAUGUCCUGAGCGAUGCCAAGAAGAAAGACAUCUAUGACAGAUGUGGAGAGGAUGGGCUCAAGGGACACGCCGGAGGUGGCUGCAAUGGCCCGAGCUAUACUUUUCACGGCGAUCCUCACGCCAUGUUUGCGGAGUUCUUCGGUGGCCGCAGCCCGUUCGAUCAGUUUUUCGCGUCUGCUGGGGGCACGGAUGACAUGGACAUUGACGACCCCUUUGCAGCCUUCGGGAUGGGCGGAUUUCCAAGAUCUUUUAAAUCUCGAGGAGGCGGUGUGCACGGGGGACGAGUAAAGAAGAAAGAUCCCCCAGUAGUGCACGAGCUCAAGGUGAGUCUGGAAGAAGUGUUCUCUGGUUGCACAAAAAAGAUGAAGAUCUCUCGCAAGAGGCUUAACCCAGACGGCUGCACAGUGCGCACCGAAGACAAGAUCCUCACUGUGGACAUCAAGCGUGGCUGGAAGGAGGGGACUAAGAUUACCUUUCCCAAAGAGGGAGAUGAGACGCCAACCAACAUCCCUGCCGACAUAGUGUUUGUGGUUAAGGACAAGGUUCACCCAGUUUUUAGGAGAGACGGCUCUGACAUCAUCUACCCUGCAAGGAUAUCCCUCCGAGAGGCUCUCUGCGGCUGCUCCAUCAGCGCCCCCACCUUGGACGGAAGAACUGUCACAGUGACAUCACGUGAUGUCAUCAAACCCGGUAUGAAGAAGAGGAUUGUGGGAGAAGGACUGCCACUGUCCAAAUGUCCUGAAAAGAGAGGAGACAUGGUGCUAGAUUUCUCAGUGAAAUUUCCGGACAAGUUGGGACCGAGUGCCCGGGAAUCUCUGGUUCAGAUCCUACCACCUUGAGCAUCUCAACCGCUGGAGGACGGACUCUCAACACACAGAUCCUAUGAUUGGGCCCUUUUGAUUUUCUAGAUAUUUUUGCACCUGAAAGUAUCAGUGGUAAAUACACAAAAUUCAAGCUCAGAGAAACACAAUAGAGCUCCCAACUGAUUACUUAUACCCACUUAAUUACAUCGCAAUGCACUUUUACUGGUAAUAUAUUGACCUACACGCAUAGUUUUUGUAGUACCUCCAAGUACUGCUCCAUCCUCCUCCUGUUUGCUUCUACAGCCUUCUUUCCCCUUGUUUAUAUUUUCAUUUAUUAAAUUAAGAUUGCAAUUUUACUCUCUGAGCAGUCAACAUUGUACUUAACAGUAACAUCAAUGCUGAACAGUAGGGUUUUAUACAUUUCUGAGGAUCUCAGAUAGUGAUUGUGGAAGUGUGUGUGUGUGUGUGAUUGUGGGUGUGUGAAACCCCAAUGACGGGGCUGCUGGGAGCCGACUUUCUUUGCAUAGAGUGAGCCUAGGAAAUUCACAAGGGCUCCUGAGCAUUAUCACUGUGCUUCCGGAGUAUGUUAAAGUGUGGUUACAUUUACUAUUGCUUGAUAAAACCUCACUGGGGAAAUGGAGUCAUUCCAGUCCACCUCAUUUUUCAAUUUUGAAUUAAGCUAUUUUCAAUGAACGUGUGAGAUUUCCGAUUCAUUAGGCACUAUAGGUAAAUAGAUGGAUGGGUAGACCACAGACUGUAUAAAACAUGGGCAUAGUGUCUGUGAUGUUACUCAUAGGUUUCUGAAAAUCAUUUGCGAUUUUGAUAACUGGAAGUGGGCAAAGAGGCAGUACGUGGGUGGAGCAGGCAAUCCACCUGUCACUCAACUGGCCACGCCCUUAAUUAUGCAGAAUUUUAUUAUAAUUUAAACAGAUGAGUUAGGGCAAGAUUAGCUACAUAGUCCAAAAACACUUUUCCGCUUGGGCAUCUUAACAUUGGGGAACUAUGGGAUUGAAUUCCUUUUGGAGCAUGUCUCUAGCGGUCAGUUGAUGAACUGCAGUUCAAGUCACUUCCAUGUCGGAUUCAAGAGAGCGGCAGGAAGGUUUCCGCUUGGAAUAGACCUUAUGCUUCAGAGAAACACGUGUGCAGCCAUCUUUAGAAUUUUAGUUUUUAGAAUUUUGAACUUCUGAUUUUGUGGUAGCUCUAUACAGCAUCACUGUGGAAGAUGAAUAAACUGUUGAAGUGGGUUUACUUAAUGUAGAGCUAACGAAAUCUAUCUGAAACAUUGUAAUGUUUGAAGCGAAUGUUGUAAAUGUUGGAAGACUGGGGCGAUUUUUAAACGAGUAGUUAAUUCAUGAAUUCAUGUGAUCUUUGUGUUGAAAAUAAAACGGAAGACAAGACAACAAGUGCAGUGCAGAAAAAGGGGCGGGGCUACAAAGUCUAUAAGUAGGCUACGGUAAAACUACUUGUGCUGCAAACUAGUGUGUUUAUAAUUAUGACAAUAUGAUAAUAAGAAAUACCUGUUUGCAAUGUCAAGCAGUAUAGCGAGCAGUUUUGUUAUUAAAACAACUGGAAGCGAAAUACAACGGAUUCCUCGCACAUUCAAGUUAAACGGCUGCAUCAGCUCGUAUUUUAAAAAUAAGGAGAAUAGGAAUCUGUGAGGGGGCAAACAUUUUCCCCACACAUAUUUUCAAAUGAAGCUGCUUUCUUGGGCUCAGAAUUUCUGUGACUGCUUUGAAACCGUCGCAGAAACGUUCCCACAGAAUUCCCAAACUCAUAGAUUCCUGAUGGAAAGACUAGAUUUCGAGCAUGCAGAUUCACAGAGCAAUGGUAAAUGUGACCGCACAUUCACACCGCGGACAUCACUCACUUUCUCCUGCUAGGAGUGACCCAUGGGUACCUGUGAUUUCCUUCUUUGAGCACAUACUGCUCCAUUCAGACCAUCCCUCCUCUAGUUAUCUGUUUGUUGCAGUUAAGUACAUUUCAGGUUUAAAAAUGCCUGAAUGUAGCUUUAAUUAACUAUUUAUGGGUGAUGUUUUUGGAAAGCACUAAUAGUGUGUAGUUUCAGCAAAAUUACACACUUCAGCUUUCAAGACUUCUAAUUUGCUAAGGAGCAUUCAUUUGUGGGAAUUCACACGAUAAAACAUUAAACACAACUUAAACCUUCUUUUGCUUGCAGUAAAUGUAGCUUGGAAAUAAUUCAUAAUAUUCUUUCAUGGCCUGGGAAACACAUUUUUAUUUUAGAGUCAUGUAUUUAUGCUGUCAUUGUAGUGCACAUGUUGAGAUGAUGUACAAUGAUGAGAUGGUGGCGAUUUUAUAGACUUUACUGGAUUUUGCAACUUAGAACUGCCAUUACCAGAAGUCAUUUUAUAAGGACUGACAGUAUUUGUGCCAAACGUAUGCAGAUGGCGAUGGCACAUAUGCACAUAGUUUAAAGUACCUCACACGGGAUUGCUGCAUCAUCAGCAUGCUAUUUGAAAUUCACAAUGUUAUGGAGUAUGUGUGUUUCUGUAAAAAGAUGUUGUUUUUUUGUGAAAUGCUUCUCAAUUCUUUAUCAUAUGCAUUAUUUGUUUUUUAUUCCUUGCGAUUAAAGGCUUUACAAUGCUGUCUUG